AUGGGUAUCGUACAGAAUAGUGAAAGAAACAGCAAGCCUCACCAUACAGCAUCCAAAGAAAAACAAAAGGCCUCAUCAAAGCCACUAAAAGCGCCAUCACCACCGCCUCCCUCCUCGACGAAGUCGAAAGGCAAGCAGAAGGCCAAACCCCAAGAGAACGUACAAGGCCUGGGCGAUGGGUCCAUAAAGGAUCUCCCGCGUGCAUUCACCAUCGUCGUCGGCUCUUACGAAAAGCUCCUAUAUGGCCUGGAUGCAUCUCUUGUUCCCUCUUCCUCUACCUCGGGUUCAGAGCCCUCGUACGACAUCGUACUCAAGCCGACCUUCGCAUUCCCUGCUCAUGUAUCGUGCGUCAAAGCUGUCGCAGCGUCUCCAGGCGGGAAGUGGUUAGCGACAGGGGCAGCCGACGAGAUCGUCAAGUUGUGGGAUCUUCGGCGUCGAAAGGAGCUGGGAGGGUUGAUGCACCACCAAGGUUCGAUCACCCAGUUACAUUUUCCCUCACGGGCCCACCUCCUCUCGGCUUCGGAAGACGGCAGCCUCGCCCUCUUCCGCGCACGCGACUGGUCGCUUUUGCGGGCACUCAAGGGCCAUACAGGACGCGUUAAUGCCCUCGCGGUGCAUCCAUCUGGAAAACUCGCGCUCAGCGUCGGUCAAGAUCGUACCCUUCGGCUAUGGGAUCUAAUGCGGGGACGAGGGGCGGCCAGCACGAAGUUGGGCAAGGAAGGAGAACUCGUAAAAUGGUCAGCGACGGGAAAGUCCUUUGUCGUGCAGUACCAAUCCACCAUUGAUAUCUUCACAAGCGACAUGGCCUUACGUCACUCUAUCAAGCACCCUUCCCGAAUUCAUUCUGUACUCUUCUGCAAACCCUCUUCUACUGACGCCGAUGGCGAGUUCUUGGUUAUUGGUGCUGAAGACAAAAAGGCCACCGUAUACUUCGUACCUGAGGAUCCAGAUAUAGCACCCUACUUGGUCGCUGAGUGCGUGGGCCACGAGAACCGCGUCAAAGCGGUCGAAACCAUCCACAUCGCCCUGCCCCACUCUUCGUCUCCACCCGACAUUACGCCUAGCACCCUCCUCGUCUGCACAAUCUCCUCUGACGGAAAGAUCCGCGUUUUCGAUCUCGCCAGCGUUCCCUCAACAUCAGCGUCUUUGAAACCGAAAUCGGUGGUUGCGAUCGAAGCCAAGGCAGAGUACGACACACGCGGCUCCCGGCUUACAUGCCUGACUGUCGCCUCGCGGGAGCUGACAUCAGACGCAGCCGGAGAGGGUGAAAAGACGAACGCUAAUGGAAAGCGGGAGAGGGACGACGAAGAAAGCGACGAGGGUGAGGCUGAAGAUGACGGAUGGGAGGAUAUGCCUGACAAAGAGGGAGAGGAGGUUGAAGAAGAGAGCGAAGAGGAAGAGGAAGGAGAGGAAGAGGAAGGAGAGGACGAGGAAGAAGAGGAGUAAGCUAGUCGCCUACUUUGCGUUUGCUAUCGUUCUGCUAUUCAGGACACAUGCCUAGCCUAUACCGGCCACAUACCAAAAACAACGCUUUCGUUCGAAGCGAACAUGUAGACGUUGGAUCAGGUAUUAAAGCUGAACGCCACGUUCCAGCGCAUUCCGAUCAUCGCUGUUUUCAACGAGCGAUACCCUAGCUGUCUAUGGCAAUACGAUAUCUCUUCUUAGGUGCGGAGGCGCCCGCGGAUGAAGCGGUGUAGUGAAUUGACCGUUGCGGGAAGUAGAGAUGUCUCUUU